CAUUAUAUGAUUGAAAAUAUAUUAGAACAAAUGGACAACAAAAAUUGGCUGGCCUAAUUUAGAAUCAUCUUUCCUCUGUGUGUGUGUGUGUAUAUCUAUAUAUAUGUCAAAUAGACAUUGUCUUUCCUAAUUUAGAAUCCCUAACAUUUCAUUUGAGGACUUGUUGGGUAAUACAUGCAGUUGAACCGUUGGUGUUUGAAUUUAGUUAUAGUUUUGAAUGUAUAUAUUCAAUUUCAAUUGCACUGAGCCAUCCUAAUCCAAUCACAAUCUGAGCUCAAAAGCUCAAAAUAUAUAAUUUAGUUGAAGUUGAGGUACGUAAGCAGUGAAUAAUAUAAUGCAGGCAUUCUUUGGUGGGACUGCCUACUUGUGACCUUAACAACAGUGCACAUGCUUGAGAUGACUUGCCGUCUCCACAUCCUACCCCCCAACAAUGCCAAGCUGAUGUACCAAUCAAAGGCCAUGCUGCUUUAUAUAUACAUAUAUAUAUCCUGCAAUCAGAAUGAGAGAGCAGUGCUGGAAUUAUUGGUUAAUUGAGCACAGGAAAUUAAUAUGGACGAGAAGUUUGAAUCAAAAGGAAGAGUAUGCGUGACGGGUGCUUCUGGUUUUAUCGCCUCUUGGUUGAUCAAGAGACUUCUCUUGUCUGGGUAUCGUGUCAUUGGAACAGUUAGGGACCCCGGAAACAAUGAGAAAUUGGGGCAUCUGUGGAGGCUGGAAGGAGCCAAGGAGAGACUUGAGUUGGUGAGGGCUGAUCUAAUGGAGGAGGGCAGCUUUGAUGACGCAAUCAUGGGAUGUCACGGUGUCUUCCAUAUUGCUUCCCCUGUUUUGGGCCAACCAUCUUCUGAUCCAAAGGCUGAAAUCUUGAUACCUGCAAUUGAGGGUACAUUGAACAUAUUGAGUUCAUGUAAGAAGAAUCCAUCAUUAAAGCGAGUGAUUCUCACCUCGUCUUCUUCAACUGUAAGGGCAAGAGAUGAUUUCGACCCAAAUGUGCCUUUGGAUGAAUCAUCUUGGAGUUCUGUGGAGCUCUGCGAAAGACUCCAGAUUUGGUAUGCUUUAUCAAAAACCCUGGCUGAGAGGACUGCGUGGGAGUUCUGCAAAGAUAACAAGAUUGAUCUGGUGACCGUUCUCCCCUCAUUUGUUGUUGGACCUAGUUUGUCACCUCAUUUGUGUACUACCGCAUCUGAUGUCCUCGGCUUGCUUGAAGGAAAGACUGAGAAAUUUCAUUGGCAUGGAAGGAUGGGAUAUGUGCACAUUGAUGAUGUAGCACUCUGCCACAUCCUUGUUUAUGAGCAUGAAAAUGCACAUGGACGAUACCUUUGUAGCUCAAUUGUUGUCGACAAUAAUGAGCUUGUUUACAUGUUGUCUCGACGCUAUUCAACAUUACCCAUUCCCAAGAGAUUCCAGGCACUUGAUAGGCCAUAUUAUGAGCUGAAUACUUCUAAAUUGAGAAGUUUGGGAUUCAAGUUCAAGUGUAUCGAAGAGAUGUUCGAUGAUUGCAUUGCUUCUUUAAUGGCGCAAGGACAUCUUUGUUUAGCCUAGUCUAGUUACAACUACUAACAACUUCCUACAAUAUUUUGAAUAUGAACUUUUUCUUACUCUGACAUCGAUCGAAUUUUAAAGUUUACUUCUUGUAGUUCACACCUUCCUUCUAAUAUUUUCAAUGAUUCAUUAUGAAUAAGAAUAAUAUAUAUAUGUUUCCCCUC